AGCCGCCAGUCUCUGCACGACCGCGGCACGGACAGUGUCGACCCGCUGCGAUGUAAACGCCUAACUUCACACUCUGUCUACAACGACAGCAUUUGCGUGUGCUCACCCCGUAGCCCUUACGCUUGGUUUUAUUAACUUUGCUUUCGUGUUUCAACCACGUUUAAUCGUCCGCCGCGCCGGAUUGAUGUAAGUGAUGUUUUUGUGUUAUCAUUGAAGUUGAUGUGUCCCGCACACGUCGUAUCGAAAGAAUUCUUGUGCCGUGCAAAAGUAGAACGUUGAAUUCGGUCGCGCCGCCCGCUUCGUCGAUGACAGGAUAUGGUCAAUAUAGGUGGUCAGCUGGAUAUCCCUUCUGUGGCGAAAUUGAUGGAGUUCCGCUUGGACAGCGCGGAGUACUGCCAGGCCCAACACAAAUAAAGAGUGAAGUGUGAGCGAGGCAGCUGGAGCGCCGCGGACCGAUGCUGCCAGUGGCGCGCGCACACUACACGCACCCCAGGCACUGUUUGACGUACACCCACCCACAGUUACCUUAAAUUCGGAACCCCUGUUCGUUGGAGCAUAUCAGUUAGUUGACGAAGUGAUAAACUUAUGUUUGACGCAUAAUUUUCUUUUAGUUCUCAUUCCACAUUCUGAACUUUUAUUUGUUCGCGUUCGAAUGCUCUCGAGUGGUUGAAAGCGACAUCCAUGCGGGUAGUUCCCAUUAUAUAAUUGGACCCUUUCAAAACAAAAGUAAAGAAACUGUCGUGUGUUGUGUGGAAAUAGAGUGACAGUUUGCCUGUUAGUCUCUGACGGACCGUUACACCUUUCUCUGACGCGUGUGAAGUGAUUCUGUCUGGUGCGUUUCGCGUGUGGCUCGGAGAGAACCAUCUUGGUAAUCAUGAAGCAGAAGGACAUCAGGCCGGCCCCCUCCCUCAUCGAGUACAAGGGCAUGCGCUUUCUCAUCACCGAUCGUCCCUCGGAUGUCUCUAUCCAGGCGUAUCUUCAGGAAUUGAGGAAGCACAACGUGUGCACUGUGGUGCGCGUUUGCGAGCCGAGCUACGACACGGCGCCGCUGAAGGCCGAGAACAUCGAGGUGCGCGACCUGGCAUACGACGACGGCACCUUCCCGCCCGUCAACGUCGUCGACGACUGGUUCGAGAUCCUGCGCGACAAGGCCCAGAACAAGCCGGACGCGGCUGUGGCAGUGCACUGUGUGGCGGGGCUCGGCCGCGCGCCGGUGAUGGUCGCCAUCGCCCUCAUCGAACUGGGCAUGAAAUACGAGGAAGCCGUUGAAACUAUCAGGGAUCAGCGUCGGGGCGCCAUCAACGCCAAGCAACUUUCCUACUUAGAGAAGUACCGGCCGAAGUCUCGCCUGAAGAAGAAUGGGCACAAGAACAACUGCUGCGUGCAGUAGGUCGCGCCGCUCCGCCGCCGAGUCUCUAGGAAACCGUCCCGCGCCCCUAACAGCGAAUGAUGUAGCUCUGCUUUCACACACACACCGACAAGGGGAGCAUACACAACUCACUUAGGUUUUUUAUUCAUAGUACGUCGCAGUUUUGAAGUAUCAUUUUGUAUCAUUUCACCGGGUUGUUAACCGAACGACGCAAUGUCAACGGACUAGCUUGGAACAUUGCACACAUUCCCGUUUAUUUUGGUUCGCGCCGUACGUUUCUUUUUAUAAUGUCCAAUAGAAAUGUUUAUACGUUUUCUAUGAAUUUUGGAGCCUUGUCGCUAUUAUGUCGGAAGUAACGCGUAUAACCCUUGUGCUGUACUGUGUCUUAGUGGAAUAUGUUACUAGAAGCGAGCCACGAUUUGUGUUCAUAGUUGAAACAGUUGAUCGGGUAUUUAUACUUUAUAAUCAUAAUAAAAUGUCAUAUCUGUAAUAACUACACAGUCCACGUCACUGAUACAUUUUUCAAUUUAUUUUUAAUUUCUUUGUGUGACAUUAUGUUUUUCUUUUUCUAAAUGUUAUUUUCCUAUUGUAGACUUUAUUAUUAAUAAAAUACGUCAUAAUACCGAACCUUACCAGUUGCUUUCCCGAGACGAUGUAAUAUUUUAUUUGACGAAAUAUUCUAUGAGUUGUAUUUUAGUUUUGUAAAUCGUUUGGUUAUGUUGGACUCCGAUGUAAGUAUGUAACUGUUUAAAACUAUAUACUUGACAAAAUAACUGAAAUUCUAACUGAACGAUGUACCCGUACGCAAUACAAAUUUGACUCACUAAAAGUUCCAAUAAAUAAAAUAGGUCUUUGA